AUGUCUGACAUUACUCAAAAGAUGGACAACUUGUCUGUUCAAGAUAACGCUGGUGGUGAAAAGCCACAACGUUCACAAUACGUCCCACCUCACUUGAGAGCUGCCCGUGCUAAUGCCCCAGCUGACGUUCCUUUUGGUGGAUCUCGCCGUUCUGCUAGUGGUGGUAGUAACUUUGGCAACAAUGGUGGUGACUAUGAUGGUGGAUACCAAAGAAGAUCCAACUACAAUCAAGGUGGUUACAACAACAACAACAGAAGAGGUGGUUUUGGUGGUGCUCGCGGUGGCAGCAAUGCUGGCGGUAGAUACCAAAGACCAAUUCCUGGUGUUGGUAGAUGGGUUGACGGUAAACACGAACCAUCUGAACCUUCUAAGCAAUUGGAACUUGAAUUAUAUGGUACUCCAGAUGAUACCAAGAUGCAUUCCGGUAUUAAUUUCGACAAUUACGACGAUAUCCCUGUUGAAGUCUCUGGUAACGAUAUUCCAGAAGCCAUUACCCAAUUCACUGCUCCUCCAUUGGACCCAUUGCUUGUUGAAAACAUUACCUUAUCUAGAUUCACUAAGCCUACUCCUGUUCAAAAGUACUCCGUUCCUAUCGUUACCGGUGGUAGAGAUUUAAUGGCUUGUGCUCAAACUGGUUCCGGUAAGACUGGUGGUUUCUUAUUCCCAGUUUUGUCUGAAUCUUUCAAGAGUGGUCCUGCUCCAAUUCCAGAAGCUACUGGAACUUUCUCAUCAUACAAGAAGUACCCAACUGCUUUAGUUAUGGCCCCAACCAGAGAAUUAGUAUCCCAAAUUUACGACGAAGCCAAGAAGUUUGCUUAUAGAUCUUGGGUUCGUCCUUGUGUUGUCUAUGGUGGUGCUGAUAUCGGUGAACAAAUUAGAAACAUUGGUAAAGGUUGUGACUUACUUGUUGCUACUCCAGGUCGUCUUAAGGAUUUAUUGGAAAGAGGAAGAAUUUCAUUGAGCAAUAUUAAAUACUUGGUUUUGGAUGAAGCUGAUAGAAUGUUGGAUAUGGGUUUCGAACCACAAAUCAGACACAUUGUUCAAGAAUGUGACAUGCCUGAUGUCAAUAACAGACAAACCCUCAUGUUCUCGGCCACUUUCCCAAGAGAUAUCCAAUUAUUGGCUCAUGAUUUCUUGAAGGAUUACGUUUUCCUUUCUGUUGGUAGAGUUGGUUCUACUUCAGAAAACAUUACCCAAAAGAUUUUAUAUGUUGAAGAUGACGAAAAGAAGUCUGUUAUUUUAGAUUUGUUAUCUGCAGGUGAUGCUGGAUUAACCAUUGUUUUCACUGAAACCAAGAGAAUGGCUGAUAACUUAGCUGAUUUCUUGUAUGAUCAAGGAUUCCCAGCUACUGCUAUUCAUGGUGAUAGAACUCAAUAUGAAAGAGAAAAGGCUCUUGCUGCUUUCAAGAAUGGUGCUGCUCCUAUUUUAGUUGCUACCGCUGUCGCUGCUAGAGGUUUAGAUAUCCCUAAUGUCGCCCAUGUUAUCAAUUACGAUUUACCUUCUGAUAUUGAUGAUUAUGUCCAUAGAAUUGGUCGUACUGGUCGUGCCGGUAACGUUGGUAUUGCCACUGCAUUCUUUAACAGAAACAACAAGAAUAUCAUUAAGGGAUUGAUUCAAUUGUUAUCUGAAGCCAAUCAAGAAGUUCCAGAUUUCUUGACCAAGAUUGCAAGAGAAUCUUCAUUUGGUGGUAGCUCCCGUGGUGGUAGAGGUGGUAGAGGUGGUCGUGGAUCAUCUGGCCCAAGUAGAGAUUUUAGAAGAGGUGGUUCAUCAUCAGGUUCUUCUGGUUGGGGUGCCAGCUCUGGCUCUUCUGGCUGGGGAAACAGUGGUAACUCUGGUUACUCCAACUACAAUUCUUCAGCUUCUAGUGGUUCUGGCCGUCGUACAAAUGAUUACAAUUCAAACUAUGGUAAUGCCACUUCCAACUCCUGGUGGUAA